AUGCAGUCGCGGCGUAACUCGAUGAUGAAUCGCGUCUGCCGUAAAUACGCUCGAGUACCUGGUCAACACGGUGACGGUAAUGUACCUGCAUUUUAUCCCAUCGCUAUCAACCCCGGCUGGUGGGGACAGCCUUUCGGUAAGGUGAAGGACGCCAAAGGGCAAAUUCUUUUUUUCUACGGCCUUGUGUUACCAAUCGCUCUGUACUGGAUAUUUGAUGUCACGUUCGCCCAGCGCACACGUGUCGGCAACGUCGGCAAGCGGCCGAUGUACUCUAACUUCUUUUUUAGACAAAUGGACCUGGAUGACCCAGAUCACGCCAUCAAGUAUGAGAAACUGCGGCAGGAAAUAGCGGAGAAUAAGUUAGAAGUCCGCUGGGGCGGGACGAACUUCUUGGCAAGUUACUUAUGGGAGCCCGGUGAUCCGGAGCCCGACAUACGCCGUCGUGAGGUACAUGCACAUCACUAA